AUGUUGUUCUACCUGACAACAUUAAACGUCGUACGGUUUUUGCAUGAAGAGCCGCUAGCCACUACGGAAGGUAAUUUCGAUAGUAAGGUUGCAUGCGAUGCGUGGUCGCACGGAGAUUUCUUGUGUCGUAACUACAUUCUUAACGCAUUGGACAACGCGUUGUAUAACGUGUAUUGUUCAAUAGAGACGACAAAAUUUCUAUGGGAGUCACUAGAAAAGAAAUACAAAAUCGAAAGCGUCGGGUUGAAGAAAUUCAUCGUCGGUCGAUUUCUGGAUUUCAAAAUGUUGGAUUCCAAGAACGUAACAUCUCAAGUCCAAGACAUGCAAUUGAUAAUGCAUGAUUUGGAUGCCGAAGGCAUGCAGCUGAAUGAGUCGUUCAAAGUAGCCGCGGUAAUCGAGAAACUCCCUCCGUUGUGGAAGGAUUUCAAAAAUUACCUAAAGCACAAGCAAAAGGAGAUGGAACUUGAAGACCUAAUCCUGAGGCUACGAAUAGAGGAAGAUAAUCGAAAGAUGUCUGACUCAAGAGGAAUGAAGCGGGCAGUCGACGAGAUGUCCAACCUGGCUGAGCCAAAAGCCAAAAAGCUGAAGUAA